AUGGUGCUGUUUGAGUGCUCUCCCUCUCUCACUCUCUCCUCUCCCACUCUCUCCUCUCCCACUCCCCUCUCUCCCACUCUCUCCUCUCUCACUCUCUCCUCUCCCACUCUCUCCUCUCUCACUCUCUCCUCUCUCACUCUCUCCUCUCCCACUCCCCUCUCCCCCACUCCCCUCUCCCCCACUCUCUCCUCUCUCACUCUCUCCUCUCCCACUCUCUCCUCUCCCACUCCCCUCUCUCCCACUCUCUCCUCUCUCACUCUCUCCUCUCCCACUCCCCUCUCUCCCACUCUCUCCUCUCUCAAACGGCCUUCAGGGAGCACGACACCUCCAAGCGGCAUGGAGGACCACGCCGACGACUUCAUAAAGUUGCAGAUGGCGCUUCCGUCCGCCCACGACCGCGAGUGUACCGCGGAGAGUGCACCUGUGCUUCCGCCACGCCCGGCGGUGAGCGUUCCUGCUCGUCCUCCCGCUGCUGCGGACCAAAUCCGGCGCCGAUUUGAGGACCAGCGCCGUCCUCCCGGGCCGCGCGUCGCUGAUUCGCCUCCGAGAGUGGCAACCCGCGCGGAGUCCGCUGUGCGUUCUGGCGCCUUGGCGGAGCCGCACCGGGGGCGUUCUCCGCGUCGUCGGACGCCUGAGCCUCGUGACGAACGCUGCGAGGGGCGGCGUGAAGAUCGCCGCGAGCGUCGCUCCCCUCGUCGUCAGGGGAGCCGCAGCCGUUCCCCUGGGCGUCGUUCGCCAAGUCACCGUUCCCCAUCUCGCCAUUCGCCUCGCUGUCAUUCACCCGCGCGCCGAUCCUCAGGGCGUCGCUCUCCUGCUCGCCGUUCUCCGCGCGAAUCGCCGGUGAAGCGCCAGCGGCGCCAUUCUCCAUUGCGUCGUGAGCGAUCCCCUGCGCUCCGCCCGCGCAGCACGUCCCGGCCCCAAUCUCCAGCCCGCUCGUGGUCGAAUAGUCGUGGGCGGCGUGGCAGUCGCGGGGGCCGCGGACGCGGGGGCGGGGGUCGCCAGUCUGCGUCGGACUUUGCGCGCGCCCUGGAGAGGCUUCCGGACGUGCUCGCAACUGCUCUCCGUGAGUCGCAGGCGGCGACAGCCUGUCGCUCCGUUCCGCCAGACGCUCCUCGUUCUCUUCCCGCCAUUGUCGAGGUAGCCAACCGUGCGGUGUCCCCGCAGCGCUCUGUCCAGCAGCCGCCUGUUCUCCCGGGUUUGUUGGCGCUGGCGGAGGCCCAGCAAGGGGUCCAGGCACUGGCGCGUGUUCUCCGGUCGACUCGUGCGUCGAUGCCGAUAUCCCGCCCAAGCACAUUUGCUGAGAAACCGCAAGCAGCGUGCUUGGGGGCGGCGGAUGAGAUCCUAUCCCUCUUGGCGCCACUGCAGGCAGCGCCCUCCCCGGGUGCAGACGCAGCCAACCUGCUGGCUCGCGCGGCCCUGGAUCUGAGGCACAUUGCAGGGUCGGUUGAAGGCACACCCGGAGAUGCUCUAACCGCCUGCGUGUCAGUGGUCCGCCACUUGUGGCAGACCACGCGCGGAAUGCUCUCGUUUCUGGGGGCGGACCGCAUCUGGGGGAAGGGGAAGAGGCUAGGAGGGAAGAGGCUAAGUCCCCCUUUCUCUCUCACUCUCUCCUCUCCCACUCUCUCCUCUCUCAUUCUCUCCUCUCCCACUCUCUCCUCUCCCACUCCCCUCUCCCCCACUCUCUCCUCUCUCACUCUCUCCUCUCCCACUCUCUCCUCUCCCACUCCCCUCUCCCCCACUCUCUCCUCUCUCACUCUCUCCUCUCCCACUCUCUCCUCUCCCACUCCCCUCUCCCCCACUCUCUCCUCUCUCACUCUCUCCUCUCCCACUCUCUCCUCUCCCACUCCCCUCUCCCCCACUCUCUCCUCUCUCCCUCUCUCCUCUCCCACUCUCUCCUCUCCCACUCCCCUCUCUCCCACUCUCUCCUCUCUCACUCUCUCCUCUCCCACUCUCUCCUCUCUCACUCUCUCCUCUCCCACUCUCUCCUCUCCCACUCCCCUCUCCCCCACUCUAUCCUCUCUCACUAUCUCCUCUCCCACUCUCUCCUCUCCCACUCCCCUCUCCCCCACUCUCUCCUCUCUCACUCUCUCCUCUCCCACUCUCUCCUCUCCCACUCUCUCCUCUCCCACUCCCCUCUCUCCCACUCUCCUCUCUCAUGCUCUCCUUCUCCCAUGCCCCCUCCUCGUACUCCCAACUCUAUCUUUCCCCCUCUCCCAGGUGCAAGCCAUGCAAGGAGAUGACCAAGACCGUGGAGAAGCUAGCUCAGAUCUUCAAGGGAGAGGAGAGCAUCACGUUUGCGUUUUGCUUCCCUCUCGCUUCCCCUCCCCAUCAUCCCACCUCAUUGUUGCCCCCCUUCCCCCGUCCCCACAGACGGUGGAGAAGCUGGCUCACAUCUUCAAGGGCGAGGAGAGCAUCACGUUUGCCAAGGUGGAUGGCAUGGCAGCUGUUGCCGCUCCUCCCAUGCCUCCUCCUCAUUGCCGCCUCUCAUGCCCCCCUCUCAUGUGCGCAGACCGUAGAGAAGCUAGCUCAGAUCUUCAAUGGAGAGGAGAGCAUCACACGGUGGAGAAGCUAGCUCAGAUCUUCAAGGGCGAGGAGAGCAUCACGUUCGCCAAGGUGGAUGCGGACAACAACGGCAUGCUGGCGCACAGGUUCAAGAUCACGGAGUAUCCAUUCUUCAAGUUCUUCACAAAGACCAACAAGUAUGGGGAGGACCUCAAGGGGGACCUGCUGCCCACGCUCACGGACCUCGUGCACUUUGUCAACCACUGGACCGGCACCACGCAAUCCGCCUCCGGUGUUCCCCUCGAUAAGGGCGACCCCCUGCCCACACUCACCGACCUCGUGCACUUUGUCAACCACUGGACCGGCACCACGCAAUCCGCCUCCGGUGUUCCUCUGGAUAAGGACCUCAAAAGCGACCCGCUGCCCACCCUCACGGAUCUCGUGCACUUUGUCAACCACUGGACCGGCACCACGCAAUCCGCCUCCGGUGUUCCCCUCGAUAAGGUGGGGCGCAUUGCUGAGCUGGACGCAAUGGCGGGAACCUUCCUGCAAGCAUCGGAGGCGGAGAGGCAGAAAGCGAUGGAGCAUGCGAUGGGAGUGGUGGUGGCGCCUGCCAUGGAGGAGCACGGGGUGUUUUAUCAGAAGGUGAUGAAGAGCAUUGUGGAGCAGGGCGAGGAGUAUGUGGGCAAGGAGCAUGCUCGCCUCUCCAAGCUGCUCGCAGGGUCCCUCAAACCCGACAAGGUGGAGAAGCUCUCAGCGCACCGGAACAUUCUGGAAGCCUUCAAGAAGCCGUGA